AUGGUGAUCUUUUCAAUGAGGAAAUUAAAUCUUUAUCUGAAGGAAGAUACAUUGAAUCAUCAGUUCGUUCAUCUAAAAAAACAAAAAUCUCCAUUCAAAGAUUAUUAUCGUGAAAAACAGCAGGAAGCAGCCUCAACUGUAUUGAAGCAGGCAUCACUUGCUAAUGCCGUUGCUGUAAUAAAAGAUACCUUUCCAUUUGAGUAUCUGACUUUUGGAAAUCAAAUGAGAGGUAAUGUUGAAUAUGAACUCCAACAGAUUGAAAAACAAAAAGAAAUUGAAUAUAAACCAGUGUAUGAUUCAACAUCAUUUAAAAUUCCUGAAGAGCAUCGAGACAAAAUAAACAAAUGGCUAGAAUAUGAUUCUCGCAUGCGUAUUGAAGGAAAUAUUACUCGAUCAAGAUGCUUAUUCUUGAUUGGACCGACUCAACAUGGUAUUUAA